AUGCGUAACCUCCGGGAACAUGUGGAAAGAAUUUGUCUCCAGCUGGAAUCACCAGAGGGAUCUAAUGCAACCCAGGACGAAAUCGUGUGUGGAAUAAUCAGAUCUAAGCUGCCACGCGAAGCCUUGGAGAUUUUGAUUGGUUGGGAGCAGGACGAUGAGGAAUGGACUUUGGCUCACCUUCGCGCCGGACUGGGACGCAUUGUUCAACGAAAAGAGCGUUUGGAGAGAACCAUCACGACCUUGCGACCGGCUGUGCCUGAACGAAGGCCUCGGGAAGACGACCAACGCCAACGAAGUCAACCUCAAGACAGACAACCUCAACACCGUCCAGCACAAGUUUCACGUUCUUUUAUCGCGGUCCAACCAGCUAGCAACCGUUAUGAACGACUUCCACGACCACCAUCCAUGGCUAUUGAUAAAGGAUGUUCUCUAUGCAGUACAGGGUCCGAACACUUACCAAGUCAAUGUACAACAUGGAAUACACCGCAGAAACGUCAAUCGCGUUUACUGGAACAACAUAGAUGUCUCAAUUGCCUCAGGAACGACCAUACUCUCAAUCAAUGCCAAAGCAUGAAGAGGUGCCGUAUAUGCAAAAACCGCCAUCAUUUUAUCGUGUGUAUGAAACAAGGACAUAUGGGACUUGAGGCACCACAAAAUGGGAGUCAGCCUACCACUACCUCGAACGCAGGACGACCAACAGGAGCUAACUCACAACCGCUUGGCCAAUCAACACGCGAAGUAUCAACACUCAAACAAGCACCGACUACUCACACUGGAAUGGCCACAGACCCACCUGCUAUUGCUAAAGCAACUGAACUCAAGGCACAACCGACAAGCAGACCAAGAGCGCUACUCAUGGUUACUGAAGUGGUUGUCCGGCCUAUGGGAGCACGCAAUCGUCAAGCCACGGCAGUCGUCUUCCUCGACCCUGGCAGUCAAACUAGUUUUAUCUCGGGAUCUCUUGUUCGCCAACUUGAUUUGAAGAAAGAGCAGUCUGAGAAGAUGCGUGUCCAUGUACUUGGUGGUGAAAAGAAAGAACCGUUAUGUUUUGAUUCUGCGCGAUACAAACUACAACUUAAGAGAUUGGAUGGUCAAUGGGAGAAAAUUGAACUCAACUAUAUUGAAGAAAUUGCCGCCCAAAUGGAAACUCCGAAAUACAUAGGCGACAUCUGCUCGGAUAGUUACGUGUUGAGAAUGGACAUUGGAAAACCGGACAUACUAAUUGGAACGCGGGAAUUUUGGAAGUACUUCAUUGGCUGUAAGAUGACCAACCAUGGAUUUACAGUCAUCCGAACUGUCCUUGGACCUGUACUUGGGGGAGAAGUGAACUUACCUGCUCUGACUGGGACUUCCUCAUCCAACGACAAUCGAAGAAUUUUGGUCUCUGGAGACUAUUGGAAUAAAGGACGACCCAGCACAAGACGACGACCAACUGGCGGAGAAAAUGGUUGA